AUUUCCGCAAUCUCACACUUCCGGAUCUCAAACUUCCGGUUUCGUCCUCUAUAAUACCAGUGCCGCCGUUUUAAAACCCAAACACAACUACGAAUCAAAUAUGGACAGUAUCAUUGAAGAGCGCCUAGUGGAAGAGGUCCGGAAGUACGAGCACCUGUACAACCCGACUGCGAGUACGUACAAAGACGCAGGGAGUACUGCGAACUCAUGGAAUGAGAUUUCGGCUACGGUCGGGCUAGACGUGCCAGAGUGCAUUAAGACAUGGAGGAGGAUUCGGGACAAAUUUGUCCGGGUCAAGAAGACCACAAAAGGCCGCAGUGGCGAUGAAGGGGGGCAGAAGGUCCCUGAUUUCUUUAUCUUUAUGUCGUGGUUGAUGCCACACAUAAAGCAUCGCAAGACCAAGUCAAAACACGACAAAAAGCGGACGGAGCCAUCAUCCACUUCAGCCCCUGAGGCCUCCCCCAAGUCCUCCACCUCAGCACCUGAGGCCUCCCCCAGAUCAUCCACCUCAGCAUCUGAGGCCUCCCCUGAGUUGAGUCUGAGAGAAGUUGAAGAGUUUGUGAAGCUGAGGGUUACAAAUAACUCCCUCUUCUCUGGAAAAAGGGACUCGAACACGCUGGCAUGGAAGGCCAUCCUCAAGCAUAUGGGAUUACAACACAAGAUGAACUUCAGUCAAGCAUCCCAAAUGUGGGAGAACAUGAAGGAGAAGUACACGGCCCUGAAGAACCCUUCAGACGGGAUGAACGUGAUCCCUGAGAUGUGGGAUCACUUUCACCUGAUGGACGAAGCCGCAGAGGGUCGACUGGAAGGCAGCGCCCCCGUCCUCAAGGUUUUCCCUGGUGAUGAAGACAAUCGUGAUUUCUUACCCAAGAAGAGGAGGAGGGUAUCCAUGGGGACAUUGCCCCCUGUAUCUUCGGUAGCAGACAGGCCGGAGAUCGAGGUUUCACUGAACGGAGACGACGAGGAGGAAGGGGAAGGAGGUCUGGACCUGAAUCUCAUCAUGAAGGAGGUGGACGACGAGAGGAAAGGGAUGGAGGCGGAGAGACAGGUGAUGGAUAAGGAGAAACGGAUGAUGGAAAGGGAGCGGCUGGUUCUGCAGAGGGAGAGGGCGUUGCUGGAUCGGGAGGCCGCCACUCUGGAGCGAGACAGGGCCACGCUCGACAGAGAGAUGGCGAUGAUGGAGCGAGAGAGGGUGUUGCUGGAGAGGGAGAAGGCGAUGGUGGAGAAGGACAAAGAUGCUAUGUGCACUGAAAAGCGGGCUCUGGAGCGGGAGAAAGCCCGGCUGGAGAGUCUCUUCGCCCCAGGAGAAGCAACAGAGGAGAAUUCGGAAAACCACAGUGAGAGGAAAGACUCGCACGCUGUGAACAUGGACAGGAAGGAGCGGUUCCUUCAGUUGUUUGAAAAACUCAUUGAAAGUUUUUGAAUUCACGAAAUCAGUUUUCACUUUUAGCUAGUCUCAGAUUUGCACUGAACAUUCUGUGUGAGCGCAAAUGUCCGAGUGAGAGCCUCCGGACUCUUGGAGGAGCCGAUUUGAUUCCCUGCCAGCGAAUGGGGGUGUUGAUGACGUCACUAAUGCAAAAAUGAUAAAACCCAGAUGUGCUGUAAACAACAUGUGAUCUCCAGAACAGAAUCUGUCUGCACAUCGUCCAGAGGGUCACGUCUGAAAAUUUAUUUUUCUUUGAAAUCCACACUUUUCUUAAACCUGCAACUUCUCAAUGAAAACGUUGAGCCACUCCUGGUUCAGAGAGGUCUUCAAAACAACUUUAUUCACUUGUGGUUAUUCCAUACAGAGCACACAAUAGCAAGCUAUUAGCAUUAUUCUCAACCCCAUCCACAAUCAAAAUCAACACCCCCCCCCCCCCUCCCAAUCAAACAAUAGUCUUUAGUUGUUUGACUCCAGACAUUAGAGUCGUUGGUAAAAGCUAUUGUGCAUAGUUGAAACAUCAUUUUUGGAAAUUUUAUAAACCAUAUUACAGUUCAUGUAAAAAAAAUCAUGUUUCUUUUUCAGAAUAUAUAUUUUUAUAUUACAGUACAGACUUUACAACAAAUGAUGAUGUAUUUAAAUGCUUCUUUUAUUGCAUUAGAUUCAAUUCACCUUUCGUUAAGCUCCAGCUUCAAUAAGUUUAUGCUAGUAUACAUUUCAAAAAAGUGUUAAAUUUGUUAUUAAUAUUAAUAUAAUUUGAAUUUUUACAAAAAAAACAUCUUUAAACAAUAUUAGUUAUUUUUUUCUUCUUUUGCCAGUCUUGUACAGAGAAUAAACAGAAACGUACAUGUUGUUCAAAUUUUGUUUUCUUUCCAAUAAACUGAUUUCUCUGAA